AUGGAGUCUACAAACAAUCAACAACAACCAAAUGAUACUGAUUCUUUACCAAAAAAUGAAAUAGAAUUAAAAAGAAGAACUGAAAUCAUGCAUUCGAUAGAAAAUAUGGAUUAUUUAUUAUCGGUGGCAGAAGCUCAAAAAAAAUCAGUAGAAGAAGUAAUAUAUGAUUUAAAAUUAGAAUUAAUAAAUGGAAGAGGACCAAUGUUUUAUUAA